AUGCGUCUGGGGAUGCCCACACUGGCAGACGUGGUCAUCUACUCCUUACUUGUCUGCGUGCUGGGAACGGAGAGCAACGGAUAUGUGAAGGGGCUUAAUGUACUGGAGAGUGAGGUCUUGAGGGGGGCAUGUCCAGAGAAUCUAGUCGAUGAGGCAGCCAAGUUCCAGUGCUCAGCGUUUGGUCGUACCCGUGGUCCAACAGGAAGUACCGAUCCUCCAAGGGAGAGUUCCGAACUCUUCAAUCCCUCCGUCUUGGGUCGUUCUGAGAAGUACCACCCGUCUUCAGGCGGACUAACGACAUGGAAUGCUGGCUACGACGACCAUCGGAAGGAAGAUACAGAUGAAUCGGAAUCUCGAGGAUUUUGGCUAUACAGAGCCAGCUGGACACGAUCUGCCGGUGGUGUCAUUUUCCUCGGGACGACGGAUGGCUCGUUGCAAGCCCUCGCUCCCCAGACAUCUGAAGCCGGUGGUCUGUAUCUGAAGCAUUUGUGCGACUGGUCGCCGCCUUCAAUUUCGGGGACUGAGGUUGCUAUUCAAAGCGGUGAAAUACACCUGGAGCCACAAACAGAACUUCCCGAUUUUAGCGAUGUUCUUGCCUUCGAUGGCAGUGCGGUAUGCACAGGUCGAUAUGCUGGCAUUUUGCGACCUCACGUAAUUUGCUGGGCCAAACCGGUAUUCAGGGAACUGCGAUGCACUAGCUGGGAUGGGCGGUUAGGGGCGCAAUUUACUCCAACCCACCUAUUCAUCUAUGACGAGCUGGCUGCCAGGGUGACAUCAUUCCCUGUUGCAAACCUGCAGACGGGAUCCGGGCUUCUGUCAGCUGAACAGACGUGGGAUCUCCAUCGAAUGUCAACCUUCAGCUGUGGUGUUUUCGCACUGAACUCAAUAUCAUCAACUGCCGCUGCUCUCCUCGUGAGGGAUGACGAAGGAUUGGUAAUCUUCAUGCUCGAACCGCAGCUCGAGUCCUACCCAGUCGCUCUUCCCUGGUGCAAGUACAAUAUACCGACCAACCAAAAAGUCGUUUCAGUUGCUUUCCCAUCAAGUCUCAUUAUCUUCUGGGUUCAGACCAAGUUCAAUGAUUUGCCUGUUUCCUGUACGAGCGAGCUAUUCAUGGCACAUCUCCCUCCGUUGUCACAAUCCUCCGAAAGCGAUACAUCCCAUGAAACUCUUCGCGUCUCAUGUGUUUGUCAAGAUGAUAUCGGUUUACUUGCCCUAUCAACAAGCUUACAUGUGGACAAUCUUUCUCGCAACGUUUACGUAUAUGAGCGGGGAGCAAGCAGUCUCACUCUCAUUUCAUGUGGGGUGUCGUCUGAUCCCUCAACAACUUCCCCUACGCUCGGCAUAACACGUUGGUGGCAGAAUUGGGAAGAUGAGGCUGCUGAGCAUGUUCUUCAAAACGUACAGCAGAACCUGCUUCAGGAUAUUCAUCGAACGGACAAGACUCUCGCUUCCAGUGACAUGGACUCAAGUGAAGAACUCCCUUCUCUGUGGACGGACGAUUUUGACUUCCUUAUGGAGGACUUUCUGUAUUUCCCUCGUGGCCCAGAGCACGUUGCUAGACACGGAUUUGGGCUGUCCGGCACAUUCACUCUCUGUGCUAUAUUUGAGGAUCCGGAGACCCCAAGUUACGCCUUGAAGUUCCAACACCUGUCUGGUCUUGGUUACUGUCGGCUCGACGACCUCUGCUCUGUCCCGGGACCUCGAGAGUGGUUCCUGUCUUCAUACACUUCGUUUGUGGAUUGCGUGAGGUUACAGCAAGCCCUCCAGGAGACACGCAUCGGACACGCCCAAGAUCUCUUGAAGAUCGACCAUGCAAGGGUACACGAUCGUCAAGACAUCCUCGAGGGAACGAAAUCUUUGCAAGAUAGAUUGGCCUGUGCCGCACAACUUGGUGUCCUGCCGACCUCCUACGGCAACAGUUCUGAACGGCCUUCCGGCAAAGCGGUUCUCGCAAACCGGGUCUAA